AUGGCACCAAAAGCCUUCAUAGCACCGUCGAUACUGUCGGCCGACUUCGCGAACUUGGGCAAAGAAUGCUCAAACACGAUAGAACGUGGGGCCGACUGGCUUCAUAUUGACAUUAUGGACGGACACUUUGUUCCCAAUAUCACACUCGGCCACCCGAUAGUCACCACAAUCCGACCGCAUGUCGACCGGCCAAAGGAAGCCAAUGGCAAGGGCACCUUUGACUGCCAUAUGAUGGUCAGUGAGCCGAAGAAGUGGGUGAAGGAGUUUCAAAAAGCUGGCUGCGACCUAUACUGCUUCCACUACGAAGCCGCCAUCGACUCGACCGCAGCAGAGUCGCCAGAGGUCAAGACGGAUAAGAAGACAAGCCCAAAAGAGAUGAUCAAGUAUAUACACGACCAGAGGAUGAGAGCUGGCAUUGCGAUCAAGCCUGGGACAAACGUGGAUGUGUUGUACGACAUCUUUGAGAACAGCGACAAGGAGGAAGUACCCGAUAUGGCACUAGUGAUGACUGUCGAGCCAGGCUUUGGCGGGCAGAAGUUCAUGGCCGAUAUGAUGCCCAAGGUCCAGGCGCUGCGGAAACGGUAUCCGGAGCUCAACAUCGAAGUCGACGGAGGCUUGUCAGAGAAGACCGUCGACACUGCUGCGGACGCCGGUGCGAAUGUGAUUGUUGCUGGCAGCGCCGUGUUCGGUGCGCAGGAUCCUGCUCAUGUCAUUGCUAAGCUUAGGGAGGCUGUUGAGAGUCGGCGGUGA